GUAGAUUCUCACUGUAGCCUGUGCACAGAGACUAUUUUAGAUUUUAGUUUUCACUGUGUAUUCUUAUUUUUAAAAUUAACUUUUUUGUUUGUGGUUUACACAUGAGGAACACUUUAAGAAUGAUUCUUCAAAGCCUCUUAAACAUAUCAAAAGAGAAAAGUUGGCAACUUGGCAGGAACAGCAUAAAUCAGAGGAAUAGAAAAGUAAACAAAAUAAUUAAAAAAAAGAUGAUAUUGACUGUGUUCCUGAGCAAUAAUGAACAAAUUUUGACUGAAGUGCCAAUUACUCCUGAAACAACCUGUCGAGAUGUGGUGGAAUUUUGCAAAGAACCUGGUGAAGGUAGCUGCCAUCUUUCUGAAGUGUGGCGUGGAAAUGAACGACACAUACCCUUUGAUCACAUGAUGUAUGACCAUCUACAAAAGUGGGGACCUCGCAGAGAAGAAGUAAAAUUUUUUCUCCGACAUGAAGAAUCCCCAACAGAAAGCAAUGAACAGGGGCGUCAGACUCAAAAUCAUAGAAAUGGAAUGUCUAUACCUGUGGAGAAACGUACAGAAAAUGGGGUUGGAAAUCCACGUGUUGAGCUCACACUCUCAGAACUUCAGGAUAUGGCUGCCAGGCAACAACAGCAAAUUGAAAAUCAACAACAAAUGUUGGUUGCCAAGGAACAACGUUUGCGUUAUCUCAAGCAACAAGAACGCCGUCAGCAACAAUCUGUGUCUGAGAGUGAAAAGCUUCAAAAACUUAAAGAACGAGUAGAGACCCAAGAGACUAAGCUGAAAAAAAUCCGUGCCAUGAGGGGACAGGUGGACUACAGCAAAAUUAUGAAUGGCAAUUUGUCUACUGAAAUUGAACAUAUCAGCGCCAUGUUCCAGGAGAAGCAACAAGAAUUACAAGCUGCAGUGUUAAAAGUGGACCAGCUUACUCAACAAUUAGAAGAUCUGAGAAAAGGGAAAUUGAAUGGGUUCCAGUCUUAUAAUGGACAAAUGACUGGGCCUGCAGCUAUAGAAUUAAAAAAAUUAUAUCAAGAGCUACAGAUUCGCAACAGGCUUAAUCAGGAACAGAAUACCAAACUUCAACAGCAGAAAGAACUUUUGAACAAACGUAACAUGGAAGUGGCCAUGAUGGACAAACGAAUCAAUGAGCUACGCGAGCGCCUGUACAAGAAAAAAGUUGAGGCACGUCAAAAAGAAAACAUUCCUUUAAAUCGGAUAAAUGGAACUUCCUCACCACAGUCAUCAUUGAAUGCUUCAGGCAGAGUUGCAGCAGUUGGGCCAUACAUUCAGGUUCCUAGCUCCAACAACUAUGCUGUACCAGUUGAUCCAGUAAAACCACAGUCCCUCACAAUUACUACUAGCACAACUCAUGGAAGGUCUAAAUCUGCUAAUGAUGGAACUUGGCCUGCACUUAAACAAACUGCUGUGGUAAAGCCACCACAGAUCUCCAGUACAGACUGGAAGGAAUCAAACAUGGAUGCAACUUUAAAACAAGGAACUAUAUCCAGUCAGCCUUUGUCAUCUUCGGGAUUAGGAAGCACUGAUAAGCUGAGUCUUGAUGUGGGCAAAAUACCACCAACUAUUCCUGGUGUGAAUAAGCAAUUGCCUCAAAACUAUGGGACCUAUCCAAGCUCUGUUCCUUCAGGACCAGGUUCUACUAAUUCGUUGGAAAGACGAAAAGACGGCAGCCUACCAAGACCUAGCUCCACAGCAGCAAACCGGCAAAGACCUAUUCCUUUACCACCCACAAGCAGUAUUCACCAGCCAAGCUCUUCACAACAGAUACAGCAAAGAAUAUCUGUGCCUCCAAGUCCAACAUACCAACCUUCUAAUGCACCAUUAUUUCCAAGCGGAGAUAGCAGGCAUGAUCUUCCUUUAACAGUGGCCAUUAGGCCUUUCUUAGCUGAAAAAGGUUCAAGGCCCCAGUCUCCUAGGAAAGGGCCUCAAACUGUGAAUUCAAGUUCCAUAUAUUCAAUGUAUCUGCAGCAAGCAACACCACCAAAGAACUAUCAACAAGCUGUGUACAGUACCCUAAAUAAGUCAGUUAAAGCAGUCUAUGGGAAGCCUGUUGUACAGUCUGGUUCAACAUCUCCUUCACCACUGCCCUUUCUUCAAGGAUCUUUGCCUGCCAAUACAUCACAGCCUCAACCGCCAAAUGAUUAUGGUGAAAAAGAUCAAGAGGUGGAAAACACUCCAUCCUCUGGUGAUAACAGCAAUGUGGAAAACAUUCCUCGUCCUCUCAGUCCAACAAAGCUCACUCCUAUUGUCCAUUCACCCCUUCGUUACCAAAGUGAUGCUGAUCUAGAAGCUCUUCGCAGGAAACUUGCCAAUGCUCCUAGGCCUUUGAAGAAGCGAAGUUCCAUUACAGAACCAGAAGGCCCCAGUGGACCAAAUAUUCAAAAACUCUUAUACCAGCGCUUUAAUACCUUGGCAGGAGGAAUAGAAGGUGCCCCUUUUUAUGAGCCAAGUAAUUCACAGGACUUCAUUGGUACCUUGGCAGAUGUUGAUAAUGGGAAUAUGAACACAAAUGGCAAUAUUGAGGAUCCAAUUUCAGUACCUUCUACAGCUCCUCUUCCUGAUGAGCCUUCAUCAGAUGCUAAUGAUAAUGAACUACCUUCUCCUGCAACUGAGGAGUUGAUCAAUGUAGAAACUUCAAAUCAAACUCCUGAGACAACUGAGGAUGAUAACAACAACAACCCUGCUGUGGCUCCUUCUGUUGAGCGGCCUCCUAGUCCAACACCCAUGGGCAGUUCCCCAGAUGAUGAAGUGCAGGUGUUACCUGUUCUUCCUCCUAUACCACCGCUUCCUGUGACCAAAAGGACCAACCUGAAGAAACCAGACUCAGAGAGAACUGGUCAUACCCUGAGGGUAAAGUUCAAUCCCUUGGCCCUGCUGUUGGAUGCCUCAUUAGAGGGAGAAUUUGAUUUAGUGCAAAGGAUCAUAUAUGAGGUGGAUGAUCCCAGCAAACCUAAUGAUGAAGGAAUCACCCCUCUACACAAUGCAGUUUGUGCUGGCCAUCACCACAUAGUUAAAUUUUUGUUGGAUUUUGGCGUCAAUGUGAAUGCAGCAGACAGUGAUGGAUGGACUCCUUUGCAUUGUGCUGCCAGUUGCAACAGUGUUCAUCUCUGUAAGUUACUUGUUGAAUCUGGAGCAGCAAUUUUUGCUUCAACCAUAAGUGACAUAGAAACUGCAGCAGAUAAAUGUGAGGAGAUGGAAGAGGGAUAUAUUCAGUGUUCCCAGUUCCUAUAUGGUGUACAAGAGAAGUUAGGUGUCAUGAACAAAGGCAUAGUUUAUGCACUGUGGGAUUAUGAAGCUCAGAACAAUGAUGAGUUGUCGUUCCAUGAAGGAGAUGCACUUACAGUUUUGCGGCGCAAAGAUGAUAAUGAGACAGACUGGUGGUGGGCUCGGCUCAAUGACAAGGAAGGCUAUGUGCCUAAAAAUCUCUUGGGAUUAUACCCAAGGAUAAAACCAAGACAGCGAACUCUUGCCUGAAUCCCUUGAUUUGCCAAUAUUUUUUUCUGGGAACUGGAAGAUGAAAAGUAUACACUGGAGACAUUUCACCACAAAUUAAAGCUAUUCUUGUUUUAAAUGGUGCUCUUGUUUAAUAUGAUGGACAGCAUUUGAGAUUUUCAAUCUGCAGUUUGUAAGUGAGGUCUGCUCAUGUUAAUUUGCCAAUCAUUGGGAGAGGUACUCAAACAGUCUACAGUAUUUUUUGCCAAUUGAAUUAAAAGUGCUAGAUGUUAAAACCUCUGCAAAAUGCAGAUACGCUGUCUGAUCUGUUAUAGUUCACUGUAGCUGCUCUGUUAUGUCAAGACCUUUACAAUUAAAAUAUUCAAUUGAAAUGUUGAGUUUAAUGUGUAAAUCCUUAAACAUCUUGUAAGAGUUGACAACUGGGAGUAAUAAUCUUCUGGUAUAAAAGGUGUUUCUGACAUGACAGAGAAGCAUUAAUGCUGAAUGGAUUUUGCACACUUCUAAAAACUGCACUUGUUCCUUCACUUGAUGUUUUUUCUUGAUAUUCUGCUUACAGAACAAAUUUAUCUUCCCAAUAUUCCAUUACACUUUCUCAAACACAUCCUGACUUCUAUCACCUAGACAAUCCUGACUUGAGGGACUUGUAUGUCUUAUGAAAGAAAAGUGCAAUAGUUGGAAAAGGUAAGAGGUAGGCUAGAAAAGCUAAAAGAUUCACUUUAAGGACUUUUAACUCUUAUUUGUGAAAGUAGGUAGGUGAUUAAAGGCUGAAUAAAAAGAUUUAAGUUGGUUCUGUAAACUGAGGCUGAGAAAGGGGAGAAUGUAUGGCAAAGAUGGCUUGCUUUUUGGACUGAAAAAGUAUCUGUGAUUCUAGUGACCCUGCAUGCCAGGGUGAGUUAUGCAAUAAAUCCAGUAUCUACUUUCAAGCAAAAAAGCACUUCACUGGAAUACUAAUUGUACAUGGUUUUAUAUACAGAAGUCUAUUUUGAACUUCCCAUUAUGUUGUAACCAUGCUUGUUUUAUAAUUUCUUCCCAGUAAACUCUAGAUCAAUUGGCUUUAUUCAUUUACACAUUGUGCAUAAUUUAUAACCAUUCAUGCAGUGCUGUGACUUGCUUUUAUUAUUGUUUAGCAUCAACUGUAUAUAUUGUGGUGAUGAGAAGUGAAAGGAUAUUGUAAAAGAAUAUUUGCUAAAUGAAAUGUGAGUUAAAAGCCUGCAAUACACUGCUAAUCCAGUGUGCACAAUAAACUACUACUAAGAUA